AUGGUCGUCAUCAUGCUCCGCCAAUUGCUGCUCGUCGGUCUUCUCCUGCUCCUCGCCAUCCACCUUCCCGGCGCUCAUGCUCAAGAGAAUGCCCUCUGCCACUGCCCUGUGGCCCCCGAUGCGAUCUGCGACAACCAUUCGAACAUCAAGAUAUUCAACAAGACGCUGUGGCUGAACUGCAACUUCGACCUGUUCAUCGAGAAAGAAGGGGGAUGCUCGACGAAGGAUCAGCCGAAGGAUGGGCCGAAGGGGAUCUACGACCACUACCACUACCACCACCACGACAACAACGACGACUACAACUACAACUACCACCACAACUACCACCACAACGACGACCACUACAACAACGACCACGACCACCACAACGACCACCACCACAACGACCACCACUACAACGACCACCACUACAACGACCACCACCACCACAACGACCACCACUACAACGACCACCACCACCACAACGACCACCACUACAACGACCACUACAACGACCACUACCACUACAACGACAACGACGACUACGACUACGACUACCACAACUACAACGUCUACAUGGGCUCGAUUUGGCGUUUACGCGCCCAAACCGGAUGCCCGGAAGUGCACGCCGCUGCGCAGUACUAUCUACACCCAGGCCACUCGUAUAUGUCGAAGGAUCCACGCUGUAGAUACCAUCAUCUUUAUGCCAUCCAUUUGCACCAAGAGCUUGGGAGCGAUGAUUGGUUUCACUUCACCCAGGAAGGCCCUUACUAUAAGCCAGACAAGCGCCUCCGUCGUGAAGUUGCGGUUUCUGGAGCUCCAAUCAAGCGGAUCCGACUUCGUCAGCGCUCCAAGCGAGAUGACGACCCGAACGUGUUCAUCUACUACCCGAUCAACCCCACUUACAACCCCAAGUGCCGCCGGGAAGAUUUUGACAAACUGAGCGCGAAUGAACUGGCAUUGGCGUCGAUGAAGCUGCAUUUUGGAUGUUACGAAGGGACAUGGUGCGAGGAGCAGAAUGCCUUUCCUAGUGAAAUCUUGGCCAAUGCCUCGCUGGCCCGCAUCUGCUACCCGCGUCCGUUGAAGACCUACAUCCUCGGCAAGGGCAGAUACAAGCCGUGGUGCACCGAUCCUCACGGCAAUCAGUUCGAGCCGAAGAAUGUGGCGAGUUGGGGAUGUAUGGUACUACCGUUCUGCAAGCUGGACCAACCGGGAGAACUCGAUGAACAAAAAUACCUGAGGCCUAUAGCUGAAAACGGCGAUCUGCUGAACUGCAUGGAUAUUUGCCCAAGAAACGCGAAUGGCCGUGGAUUGACGGACAAACCGGAUUGUCGGCCCAUCCCAAGCAAUCCGGAAAACGACUAUUUCGGUGUCCUCAAGAUUACGGAAAAGAUGGAUUGGUGCGACGUGGAGAAGUCGCGUCUCAAAGACCCGUGGUCACUCAACCCACCGUGCAAUCCGAUUCCGCAGUGCCGCGGAAAUGUCGACGGACGUGCACCGGAUGCGAGGGAUUGGCGCAAGAAUCUGCUGUACUACCAAAAAAAUGUCGCCGGUGUCCCAUGCGUCGUCUACAAGCAGUGCAGUGCUUUGACGGAAGAGGAGAGACUGAAAUACCAUUGCGUCGGCUCGAUCGUGACAACGAGCACGACAAAAGCCUCGACGACGACAACGGCAAAGACGACUGCAAAGACGACGACCGAGAAACCGAAUGACGGGCUGGGAGAUGAG